CUCUGCUCGGCCACCUCAGCUGGCUUGGUGCUGUGCAGAGAAGAGGCAAAAAGGUACCAGGCCCCAGCAGGAACCCACCGCAGAUCUCCGCUCUUGGUUCUCAGAAAUGCGGCUGGGGACGCACAGUGGGUGAGGGGCAGCAGGCCGGAAUCCUAGAAAGAGGAUGGGCUCUCCCCGGGAACUUGAAGCCCACCAGUAAGGCUGGAGAAAUCUGCAUUCGUAAAUCCCUCCGCAAUAUUUUGGGGGGGAUUUCCAUUCCUUAGCCGCCCCUCUACUCGUCAUCCUUCCAAUGAUAAAGCUUGAAACAGUCCCAGCGCGCGCCUGUGCUGGGUCUUGGGAAGAGCGAGUCUGCGCGCGCCAGGGGGAGGGGGGAAGAAAGGGAGGGGACAAGAGAGCUAGCGGUCCCGCCCGGUGAUGUAGGCAGCCCAGGGAGGUGGAGCCGCGCGCGACGCCUGAAGGAGUCCCCACCGCAGCGGUGCUCUCGGUCCGCCUCAUCCAGCAGCCACCAGCCCCAGCUGGAGAGACGUCCCCGCCGCCGACCGGCGGCAGGGGACCGUGGCAACCCCACCCGCACCCCCUUUUUCCGGCCUGUGGGACAUCCAAUGCUCCAGACCCCUGUCCCUCCUUGCUUCCCAGACGGCUGGAGUCAUUCCCGGGAGAAGCUGUGCCGGGCCGCUCAAGCAGCCGCACCGGCAUCUCGGCGGCCAGCCCGGCUGGGCACCGGGCAUCUGCCAAGCCGGCCCCGCCGGACGCCGGGCAUCUCACGCAACGACUGUCUCCGGCCGCCGCCCAGCCUCUCGCAAGUCCUGGGCGGGAGGCUUCCGAGCGCCUCCGGCGUCCCCGGGACCCGAGUGAGCCCCCCGCGCUCCCAGCCCUUCGGGCCGCCACGAUGCUGCCCUGGAGACGGAACAAAUUCGUGCUAGUGGAGGACGAGGCCAAGCGCAAGGCGAAGAGCCUGAGCCCCGGGCUCGCCUACACGUCGCUGCUCUCCAGCUUCCUGCGCUCCUGCCCGGACCUGCUGCCGGACUGGCCUCUGGAGCGUCUGGGCCGCGUGUUCCGCAGCCGGCGCCAGAAAGUGGAGCUCAACAAGGAGGGCCCCACCUACACCGUGUGGUACCUGGGCAACGCCGUGACCCUGCACGCGAAGGGCGACGGCUGCACUGACGACGCCGUGGGCAGGAUCUGGGCGCGCUGCGGCCCGGGAGGGGGCACCAAGAUGAAACUGACGCUGGGCCCGCACGGCAUCCGCAUGCAGCCCAGCGAGCGCGGCCCCGGGGGCUCGGGGGCCCGCAAGCCGGCGCACGCCUACCUGCUGCCGCGCAUCACCUACUGCGCGGCGGACGGGCGCCACCCGCGCGUCUUCACCUGGGUCUACCGCCACCAGGCGCGCCACAAGGCCGUGGUGCUGCGCUGCCACGCCGUGCUGCUGGCGCGGGCGCACAAGGCGCGCUCCCUGGCCCGCCUGCUCCGGCAGACCGCGCUGGCGGCCUUCAGCGACUUCAAGCGGCUGCAGCGCCAGAGCGACGCGCGCCACGUGCGCCAGCAGCACCUCCGCGCAGGGGGCGCCGCCGCCUCGGUACCCCGAGCCCCGCUGCGCCGCCUGCUCAACGCCAAGUGCGCUUACCGGCCCCCGCCGGCCGAGCGAGGCCGCGGGGCUCCGCGGCUCAGCAGCAUCCAGGAGGAGGACGAGGAGGAGGAGGAGGACGCGAGGGACGACGACGACGAGCAGGACGCCUGGGACAGCGAGGGAGGAGGCCUGGCGCGCGAGCGGCCCGAGGUGCUCAGCCUGGCCCGGGAGCUGAGGACGUGCAGCCUGCGGGGCGCCCCGGCACCUCCGCAGCCAGCGCAGCCCCGCGGCUGGAAAGCCGGCUCCAGGGAGCGGGCGGGCCAGGCGUGCUGAGAGCGCCGGGCUUGGACUCGGGGGGGGCCCCCACCUCGGGCCCAGCAGACGAACCUGGACUCCGACCCCGCCCAGCCCGCUUCCGCCCCCUUGGUCCCUGGCCUGCUGCCCUCGCGUAGUGGUCGCCUUGCUCCUCAACCUAGCUCGUGGUGAAGCCGGAUAUGCCCUUGAUUGUUGGGGGUGGAGGGGAGUUGCAGGAGGGAGUUUCCCUCGCCCACCACUGUGGAAUUGCCCCCAUGCUUUCUGCCAAGUGUCUGCCCACAGACCAACCUGCUCUCUUCCAAAACAGCCUCUCAGGAGAAAGGGGGAAAUGUUUGUGGAACUCCUGGAGGACGGGUUUGAACCCAGGACCCCCAUCUAGGGUAGAAGUAAUGGCCCUGCCCUUGAUCUCUUAUUCCUUAUGGUAAGAACCACCCGGGAGAGAUUUCAGAUAAGGAAGAGAGUGGAGUGUCUGGGGAGAACUGAGGGCACCCACCUGGGACCACACACACAGGGAGGAAUUCUUGGUUUUACUCGCUGUCCUUGGAAGGCUCCUGACACAUCACUACUCCACCUCUAAAGGGGCCUGGGAUGGUCCUGUCUGCCUGCAAAGGACAGUGGGACAGGUCACAGCCCUGCACUAGGCAGCUAUCCAAGCCUCUGCCUUGGCGAUCCUACAGGACACCACUCACCCCGUCUCUGCAGACAGAUAACUGGUCUACUCUAGGUACCGUGCUCUGGACCAAGAUGGGACCUCCAAGGGAGGUAAGGACUCAUGCCCCAAACAAGCCGAGGCUCUCAGGGCAAGUAGGUCCAGACCACAGCUGUACUUACAUGCCCGAUGAGGGAGGGAGAGAUAAUAACAGGCGAAGUGAGCCCUGCCCGGGUGUCUAUGCAAGGCCAUCACAACCCAAAGAUCUAUGUCAUCUACUGAUCAUUGUAAAUAAAGUGGUACUGCUUUUUCCA